CGCCCUCGUAGAUUGCGUGAAGUAUGACCGCCCCUGCGCUGUCCUGUCCUGGGAAAUAACCGGUUGCACAGACCGUACAAGAGAGCCGACAAUGGCCGGGAAAGAAACAGCUGGACCCCGCUUUACGACGUCGAGUGGCAGUUGCAGCGUGGACCAGGGUACAAGCAGUGCAGCCACUGAUCUAAACCGUGGCAGAGUUGCCGAAGAAACCAGAGAAGCACCGUGUCAGCAGCGAGAGAACCAGGCUGCCAACAGAAUCCUACAGUGCCAUGUGUGCCGGUUCGCUUUCACCGACAUGGAGGCCUUCGAAAACCACGCCUAUAACCACUCGCUUGGGAAAAACCACAACUGUUCCAAGUGUGGUAAACUGUUUAUGAAGAAUUGGCAGCUCACGAGUCCUUUAGGUACGCACGGCGAACCGUCCAUUGAGUGCGGCGUGUGCGGCAAAAAAUUUUAUACCAAAGAUGGCCGCAAGAAGCACGUGCGUUCAUGCCGCGUAGGGGCACAGGACUGAGAAGCCGUCGAAGGGUCUCCUUAACAGGGCAGCACCCGCCACGAGAUUGGUCGAGCACCGCCGUGAAGCACCGUCGCACCUGGCGGUGGAUUCGGCAUCGGUGCGGCCGGAAGUUCGCCCGGGAGGAGUGACUUCUCUGGAUGGCACCCUGGCGCCAAGAUCCGUCGUGUGCCUUCGCAGAAAAACUUGGGAUCUGGGCCUCAACUGUUUUAGCUGUGCGCUGGCUGCUUCACAAACCACAGUGGGCUAAUCUUAUUCCUUCUGACUACGGCUGAAGAAUGCCUGCGAGUAAAAUUCUUACAGUGAUUAUCUCGAGGAA